ACCAUCGUACUUCCAAAGGUUUUUGUUCCAAACCUCCAACGACAUCUAUCGGCCGCGCCUCUCUUCCUCGCGCUGUCUCUCCCCUGAGCCCCCAACCCAGAGGCCAACGUAUUCGGCUCUUUUCCCUGCUGUUAAACCGAUUGAUACCGAAGGGGGAAAAAGCAAAAUUUCACUGAUGUCUUUCUUUCAAAGAGAACUAAAUGGAAAUGUACGCUGGUACCUGAAAAAAGCUCAAGUAUUUUCAAGGGGAUAAACUUUGUUGCGCGAAGAGCAUCUUGUCUGCAAUUUAGCAUUCUUAACUGAAUGAGGUCAUUAAGCUUACGAUCUUCUGUGGUUUUCCUUCUCGAUAACAGAAAUAGAGAAAGGAAAUUUAUGUAAUGGAAAAUUCGAACAAAUACAUAGAUUUGCAAUAUGCAAUGAUGAAGAAAAAAAGGCAAAAGUUGAUAACCGAUUUUAAACCUGAUACCGAUUUGAAGUCUAUCAUUCAUCAUCAUUCUCUGUUCUUUGACAAGUUAGUUGAGUUAAUCCCCGCAAAGUUCUAUCUGCCCAAUGAUGAUAAGGAUAAGCCAUGGUUUCAGGGCCUCAGCAAGGCCGAAAAGGCUUUGGCAAAGAAGGAAUCAAGGGAGAACAUUAAAAAAGCUCGAAGAGAUCGUUUGGAUCCAGAAAAGUCUUCUGCAACAACCCUUGAUUUGCUAAAGCAAAGUUUGGAGAAAGAACAAUUGAAUGAUAGUGAUGAUGAGGAAAUAGAAAUCAAGCCUAUUCUUUCUGGCAUUGAAGGUGAAGAUAAUAAUCGGCAGGUGACAUUAGAGGAACUUCGGCAACGGCUGCAUCUAAAAAUUGAACAGUCUAGAGCAAAUAGGAAUUCCGAAGAUUCCAACAGAGCAAAGAAAAGGAAUGAGAGAGAAUACAGAAAAGGAAUUCAGCAGAAGAAAUGCAAGAGAGACAAUGACGAAAAGAAACCAACAGCUAGUAGUUCUGCAGAUCAAAUUGGUAAGGAUAUAGCAGAGGCUUCAAAGGAACUUGCAUUUACUCAUGUCAAACUUGGGGAUGAGGAAGAGCAUGGAAAGAAGAAGAAGAGGAAACUUUCAAAGAUGAAGGAGCUUGAAAGGGCAAAGAAAAUGAAAGAAGCGAGGGAAGAUCCUGAGAAAGGUCUGGUUAUCUCAAAGAAGCAUUCGUGGAAAGCGGCAACGAGUAGAGCAGCUGGGAUUAAAGUUCAUGAUGAUCCAAGUCUGUUGAAAAGGAGUAUACAAAAGGAGAAGAAGAGGCAUCAGAAGAAUGCUGAGAAAUGGACGGAGAGGGUGCAGACCACACGGAAGAUGAAAGCAGAUAAACAGCAAAAGAGGUCAGAAAAUAUAGCACAGAAGAUUCACGAGAAGAAAAAGCGUCGAAUUGCAAAGAGAGAGAAAAAGCUAAUGCGUCCUGGAUUUGAAGGUCGAAAGGAAGGUUUUAUAAAUGAAGGUUCAGGUUAAGUUCGUCCUCCUGAAGUUUAUGAGUUUCUGCCUCUUAUAGUGCCUUUUUCCCUUUACUCUUAAAUCAAUUGCCAUAAACAGGACAUCAAAAUUCAGGGAAAAUCUUAUUUCGGGGAUUCUGUUACAUAGAACCCCCCCCCCUCUUCUUCUCUUCCUAUUUCUCUGUUUAACUACUAGUAGAUCAGUGCUGUUGAAGAAUCCACUUUUAUAUGUUUGUGGCUGAUGUCAAAUGGUGUUUUUUUUAGCACGAAGGAAGUUUUCUUGUUUGAAUAUCAACUCUGUAUGUUAAUUGAGGUUUCAAUGCUUCUAACUAAUGAAAUUGAUCUUUGAUGCUUCACCA